AAUUUGAAGCCUUAGAAAUACCUAUUAAUUUUCCCCCUUUCCAUGCUGUUGCUACCCCAUGUUUAAAGAGCCGCUGAACAAAACAACUCAGUAUGAAGCAUAUGUUCCCUUCCUUAUUGGUUACCUCUUUGAUCUCAGCAGCCUUUGCUUCUAAUUGCGCAACUCCGACGUGCCCCCCAAUUUCUGGCGAUAUCUUGAUUCAAAAUGAGUUCCAACUCUACCCAUCUCACUAUCGGUGGGAUAAUCAGCGUUGCGUUCUGUACCUCAGCGCGAUUUAUAAUGCGAGCAUCGUCAUAUGGGACCCCUACAGCUCAUCAAUCCAGCGAGUUGUUUCCAUCCCAGGAAUAAGCCACAACGCCUUGCAAGCUUCUGACAAAAGACUCUCUGGUAUUGUUCUUGACGCCACAAAUAACGUUCUGUCUGCUGUCGUUGAGGCAGACGAGUUCUUCCUAACUGCGGGAAACGAUGUGAGCGGCGAUAACUUUGUCGUCAAGGUCGAUCUGAACAAUUUUGCAAUCAAGAAGAUCAACCUAACGACUACCACCAAGGGGAAAUACGGGGCGUUUAUUGACCUUGAUAAUGGCCUUUCUGGAGACCUCUAUGUUAAUGGUGGUUAUCCAUCCAGUAUCCUUCACAUUGACCGCAAGGAUCAUGUCUCGCCUUUCUACGUCCGCGAACCAGCCACUGCUCCGCGCCCUUUUGGGUUUGGAGGAGUGGUUCGCUUCCACGAUACUCUCAUCGCUAACGACAAUACCAACCAUCAGCUCGUCAGGUUCUCUCUUCACAGCGGUAAUAGGUCACCAGUUGUUAUCCCGCAGACAAUCUAUCACAAUUUUUCCGCCGGAGCUUCCCUAAGCCUGCCUCAUAGGUAUGGCGGAAGAGUUUUACUCCAGGCAGAAGAUAUCCUUGUUAAGAAAACAACCGGAGUCUCUGUGUUCAGCUCAAUGGAUGGCUGGAAAACAGCAAAGUUCGUGGGCUUCAUAGAGAGUGUUGACAGGAAGUUGGAACCUGCCUCGGUGGCUAUUAGUCAGACUACUGCACGGGAGAUUGGUGAUCGCAUCUAUUCGAGCGUGUUGUUCUACGACAACAAGAUGAACCCUUCGAUGGCGGGCAAUCGAACAGACUUUGCGCUGCGGGAUAUUACGGAUUCAAUUGACGCGCUGUUAAAGGCAAAUGGAUUUAAUAUGUAAGGGUAUAACUAUUCUAGCAUAGUGGUUAGAAAAGGUCUAGAUGUUAAAGUCUCGUAAUAGUACUCUCUCGUUGGUUUUCCUGUCGGCUAGCAUGGCAUGGACUUGAUGAAUGACUUGUUAGUCCUGCUCGGUUAUAAAGCCGAUC